AUGUAUCAAUCGCCUACGCAGCCCGGACAGUGGAGCCAGAAUGGUCCACCGUCCACGUCGCAGCCCAAUCCGCAAGGACAGCAACAACAGCAGCACCAUCAACCACCGCCGCCGCAACAAGGCGCGACGCAAGCCUGGUCUCCUCAGCCCCCGAACGGGCAGAACCCGUAUCAGCCACCCAGGCCAAAUCAGCAAUCGAUUGGUCCACCUCCCACACACGCGCCUCAACAAGGUCCUGUGAUGGCGACACUGCAACCAAACCAUCCAGAUCAGUAUCGCGCACUGCCGUCACUGCCUCCACCGCAGCAAAUGUAUGGGCAGCAGUAUUCCCAGCCUCCGCAGAUGGGCUAUCCUCCGGCGCAACCUGCCCCGCGUCAGAGGACCGCCAUUGCGUGUCGCUACUGUCGCAGACGAAAGAUUCGUUGCUCCGGUUUCGAUCAAUCAGAAGACGGCCGCUGCACCAAUUGCCAGCGCUUUUCACAAGAAUGCGUCUUCACUCCCGUCAGUGCGCAGACACAGGCUUUCGUACCCGCGCACACUGUCUGGCGCGGCCAGAACCCGCCGCCGAAUACGCAACUGUAUGGCGCGUACGGUCAGCCACUCCCACCCGGUGGUCGCGACGGCUAUCCUCCGCAACAGCAGCAGCCGCAGCCCGGCCAGUAUGGUCCUCCACCUCAAGGUUACCAGCAACAGCAGCCCAUGUACGCUCAACAGCCGCAGCAAGGCGGCCCAGUUGCACCGCUGCAGAGUCCUGCUCCCGGCGACGCUGGACGCAAGCGUCCAAACGAUGAGCCGCACACCCCGACGCUGGCGCCGCCAAAUCCGGCUACUCAAAUGCCCCAUCGUGGCUCUGGUGAUGGGCAGUACGCCUACCCUGAUCAAUCUGCUGAAAAGGACAAUGUCGAGAAGCAUGAGGUGUUCCGUCGCAACCCGACGAAGAGUGUUGGCGUUCAGGUGGAUUUGCUGUCCAGCGCCAAAGAGCCGGGCUCGUAG